GUCCCACGUCAGUUAUAGGAGGAUAAAACGUAACCGCCUUUUAUAUAACUUUAAUUUCAGUAUCAAUUUAAUACCCCGAAACUCGUUAGAAUAUCUUGAAAAGUGUCAACAAUGUAAUGUUUUAUUAUUUUUGAGUUUGUUAAAUAUGAUGUCACUGUCAUCAUCCCUGGCCCUGACUUCAGCACAUGCAGGAGUACUGCCUGCGGGGGAGACUCGGGUCAAGCCCAUGCUUCCCCUCCUGCAAAUUCUUUGGGUAGCUGGAGCUCAGGGGACUGUGUUCACUCUGAAGGAGGUCAUUCACCACCUUGGCCAGUACAUCAUGAUAAAGAAAAUGUACGACCAGCAACAGCAGCACAUAGUAUAUUGUCGAGGUGAUCCGCUCGGUGAGCUCCUACAGCUGGAAAGCUUUUCUGUCAGAAACCCCAGCCCUAUCUAUGAGAUGCUGAAGAGGAAUUUGCUUAUUGUAAAUUGUCCAGACGCAGCAAAGAAUGUUUCAGUCGACAAGGAAUCUAGUCUGUCUCCAUGUGAAGAUCCUGGCCAGGUAUCCGGCGGGACGAUCGGCUCCGGACAGGGAGGCAUGCAGAACUCCUCUCAGAGAAGACCGCGGGAUGAGGAUUCAGACUUGUUAGAUGGCCUGCCCACAUCCGCUUGUAAGCGGCCAAAGCUGGACCUGAGUAUCGACGACUCCGACAUGUCUGGCCUGCCCUGGUGGUUUCUGGAUAACCUGCACAGUGGUAGAAGCAACGGCUCGACAGACCUCGUCACAAAUCAACAGGAGGGGGACACGGCCAUUGUGUCGGAUGACCGGUGGGCUCUUACUGAGCCAGAGAGCGAGCAGAUGAGCGUCGAGAUGAAGGAGGCGGCACUCGAACAAGGCACUGAACCUGAUUUUCCUCAGGAGGAAGAGGGACAAAGGAAGGGCCGAAAAGAAGACAAGGAGAUUGAGGACGAGUUGAACGAUGACUCGCAGUGUGUAAGUGAUGAUACGGACACAGAGAUCUCAUCACCGGACGCCUGGCAGUGCUCAGAAUGCCACAAGUUCAACUCUUCCACCCAGCGCUACUGCAUGCGCUGCUGGGCUCUGCGCAAAGACUGGUACAAAGACUGCCUAGAACUGGUCCAGGACCUUUCACGACCGGAAGGCAGAAAAGAAGACGAAGACGGCAUCGACGUUCCCGACUGCCCCAGGACCGUCUCUGCGCCCGUCCUCCUGCCCUCGCAUUGUGCAUCUCGCAACCUUCCCACGUUACCCCACUCUACCAAGGGCAAAGCCCCAUGCAGGCCGCUACACAGCUCACAGGAAAGCCAAGAAGACCGUGAGGCCUUGCUGCAACCAUGCAUGAUGUGUCGCAUGCGCCCGCGAGACGGCAAUAUCAUACACGGACGCACGGCGCAUUUGCUCACCUGCUUUUUCUGCGCACGGAAACUGCACAAGUCUCACUCGCCGUGUCCGGGCUGCGGCCAGAUCAUCCAGAAAGUCAUCAAGACGUAUUUAUCUUGAAGGUUGACGCGGCGGUUUGUGUGGAACACACCCGCACACAUGAUUUACGUGUGUAGCUGAACUUGACAUGCAUUGUAAGGGCUAUACGCUGUCUAACAGUAUGAAUACAAAAUCUACAGGAUGCACAGAGAGCUUAUAACGUACGUGAGAGUGCUUAUA